AUGGCUCCCCAAUUGUUAUGGAUAGGCCUCGGCAACAUGGGUAGGGGAAUGUGCAGGAAUAUUGUCGAGAAAGCUGCACUCGAUGGUCUUCCACUUCUUUUACACAACCGCACGCCGCAGCGCGCCAUUGACCUCAAGGCUAGUCUUCCGGAUGGAAAGGCAGAGGUUGUCACAGACCUUGCACAAGGAGUUGCUAAAGCCGAUGUGAUUUUCACCUGCGUCGCCAAUGACGCUGUUGUUCAAGAAACGCUGGACGCGGCUGUUGCCUCCGGCAACAUCAAGGGCAAGCUGUUCAUCGACUGCUCGACCAUCCAUCCCGACACAACAGAGAGUGUGAGCAAAAAGAUUAUUGAGCAGGGAGCCGAGUUCGUAGCUGCACCUAUUUUCGGGCCGCCCGCCGCUGCAGAUGCCGGGACUCUGGUCGCCGUGCUCGCGGGCCCUCGGCCUUCGGUUGAACGAGCGCGCCCUUAUUUCAAGGGCGUGACUUCGCGUGCAGAAAUCAACAUGGCAGACCGCCCGCCUCAGACAGCACUGACGCUCAAGGUCAUUGGCAACACCUUCAUCGUCAAUAUGAUCGAGCAGCUAGCCGAAGGCCAUGUGCUGGCGGAAAAGUCAGGACUGGGCACAGACUAUCUACAUCAAUUCGUGGAGCACGUCUUCCCCGGCGCGUACACCGCCUACUCGCAGCGAAUGCUGACGGGCGACUAUCACAAGCGAGAGGAGCCGUUGUUUGCUGUGGAUUUGGCCAGGAAAGAUGCGGGCCAUGCUCUGGCAAUUGCAAAGAAGGCUGGGACCAGGCUGCCCAACGUCGAAGCUGCAGAUGCUCACUUGGCCCAAGUCAAGGAACAUUCUGGGGCCAAGGGGGACAUUGCUGGUAUUUAUGGCGCUGUGCGCAAGGAAGCUGGGCUCAAGUUUGAGAACACCGCUUGA